AUGCGGAUAAUCGGGCGAGCUUCAUGGCUUGCCGCCAGCGUUUUCCUGGUGGCUUCCACGCUUUUCACGACUGCUGCUUCGGCAGAUCUCACACUGGCUGAUGUAUUAAAGGCAUUGCCAAGCUGCUCGUACGAUUGCCUUACUCUAUUAACUGAGGGCUCUGACUGUGCCACGGGCAAUAUGACAUGCUAUUGCGCGAGUCCAAACUUUGACGACACAGCAACAGCAUGCGUUGAAUCAAAUUGCAAGCUUGCCAAAGAAAUCCUAACGGUCAAGAACGUUACGCAAGUAGCCUGCAAACGCGAGGUACGAGACAACACCAAAAAGUUCCCGACUGUCGCCAUCGUAUUCUCCAUUCUGUCCGGCAUCUUCGUGAUACAGCGGUUCGCUGUCAAGAUAUACGCCAGCAACCUGAGCCUCGGCCUCGACGACUGGAUCACCCUGCUGGCCGCUCUGAUCCAGGCACCCGGAGCUGCCAUCGCAUGCGAGGGUGGGCGCCGCACCGGCUUCGGCAGGGACAUUUGGACGCUUCAAUACGACCAGAUCACCGACUUCGGCUACUACCUCUACAUCUACUCGACCAUCUACUUCUUCAACGUCUCGGUGUGCAAACUGGCCUUCCUCUUCUUCUACCUUCGGGUCUUCCCCGCCCCCAGGGUGCGCCGUGCUCUCUGGGGCACCAUCAUCUUCGUUCUCACCUUCGGCCUCGUCUUUUUGUUCGUGUCCAUCUUCCAGUGCAAGCCAGUCUCGUACUACUGGCAUCGCUGGGACAAGGAGCAUGUGGGGACGUGUAUCAAUGCCAGCGCCGUGGCAUGGGCGAAUUCGGGUAUCAGCAUUGGUCUCGACUUCUUCAUGAUCGGCAUUCCGUUGUCGCAAAUCAACUCGCUCAACCUGGACUGGAAGAAGAAGAUUGGCGUUGGCGCCAUGUUUUGCGUCGGUCUCUUUGUAACCAUCAUCAGUAUAAUCCGCCUUGAGAAUCUGAUUGUCCACGGUUGGGAGUCGCCCAACGCCACCUAUGAAAAGGUCGACGUCGCCGUCUGGUCCACCAUCGAGAUCAACGUCGGCAUCAUCUGCGCAUGCAUGCCCUCUCUCCGGAGUCUCAUCGUCCGCACGUUCCCCCGCCUCCACAUCUGGCCCUCGGAGCCUGGCACGCGGCAGGACUUCACGGAGCGGAAUCUCGGCUUCGGGACCACCAGUCGAAGCAUGGCUGAGAAGCAUCCGGACAUGCCGCUUCCCACGAGGCCCGGCGCCAUCGCCCUGCACAUGACGUAUGCCGUCGAGUUCGGCGCACGAGACAGCGAGAGCAUGGAUGAGCAAAGAUUAAUGCAGAUGCGGGACCUAGAUACCAACGGCUCAACGGCUUCGCCAUCGAGAUCACCCUCUGACAAGUUGAGGGGGUACUAG